GCAGCCCGCGGCGUCGAUGGCCCCGAGCGCCACCGUCUACCAGCAACACUAAUGGUCGUGCUGGAGUUGCAAGCAUCAGAGCCUCUUGCGUUCCAGACCGACAUUCACCAGUUACCCGAGCUCGUGACCAUAAAUCACUGGCCCUGCCGAGAAAGUUUGGCUCCUCUCUCCAACAUUGUGGUGUAUACAUUUGACUCCAUUCUUCACCAUGUCUUCCCACAAGACUUUCAGGAUCAAGAGAUUCCUGGCCAAAAAGCAAAAGCAAAAUCGUCCCAUUCCUCAGUGGAUUCAGAUGAAAACUGGUAAUAAGAUUAGGUACAAUUCUAAGAGAAGACAUUGGAGACAGACCAAGCUGGGUCUGUAAGAAAUUGCACAUGAGUUCAUGCACAUAUGCUGUACUAAGACCUGUAUAAUUAUAUUGAGUCACAUACACUGUACGAAGAUUGUUAGCAUUGUGUUGAAUUUAAACUGUCUCCACUCUUUGGACCAUUAGACAUGUUUAUUGGGAAUAUGUUUCUUGUACUUGUUCUUAUAGUUUGUAUGGCUUAAUAAUGUAAAACCUUUUGUUUGAAAAAUAAAAUUUUUGGCUCUGCA